AUGGCUAACAGCUCAGUCAUUUCCAUCUUCUUGCUCUUCUUGUUCGGUUGGCAGCUGAUCUGCAGCGUUGCUUUCUCGGAGAAUGGAGCUCUCCCGUCCAAUUUCGAUCCCAUUCAUCCCUUCAACCUCCUUUCAACAUCCACCGGCCAGGACUACACUUGUUCUAAGACCAAGCCUUGCCAAACAGGAUGCUGUGGUCCCCUCGACUCGACUGGUACAGGCAAUUGUGGCUUUGGCCCCGACUUCUGCGGGCCCAAAUGCACGUCUGACUGCGAUCGCAAGAGCGAAUGUGAUCCUGGCUGGGGGAAGGAAUGGGCUAAUAGCAGCACUUGCCCACUGAACGUCUGUUGUAGCAGGUUUGGAUUCUGCGGAACCACUCGGGAUUUUUGUGGCAAUGCCGUCGUCGUUUCUCCGCAGUGCAGCGGUGCCAGUGCCCGUGAACGCACCAUCGGAUACUAUGAAGCCUGGAACAUCGAACGGCCCUGUGGAAAGAUGGGCCCGGAUGACAUUCCCCUGGGCUACUACACACACCUCAACUAUGCAUUCGCCUUGAUCGACCCGACGACGUUCCGCAUCGCCGCCAUGGACAACACAACGGGCUCACUGUACCAAUCCGUGACGGCCCUCAGGAAGAGACAAGUCAAUCUGGAGGUGUGGAUUGCCAUUGGGGGCUGGGCGAUGAACGAUCCGGGUCCGACUCGAACCGUCUUUUCCGACCUGGCCGCUUCCCCGGCCGCGCAGGACACUUUCUUCGAAUCGCUGAUCAGCUUCAUGCUGACCAAUGGCUUUGACGGGGUGGAUCUCGACUGGGAGUAUCCUAUGGCGGACGAUCGCGGUGGAAAGCCGCAAGACUUUGGCAACUUUGUGACGCUGCUGAAGCGCUUGCGGGAGCGUCUGAACCAGACUGGCCGACAGUUUGGUGUCUCCAUCACUUUGCCAGCCUCUUAUUGGUACCUGCGAGGAUUUGAUAUUGUCAAUCUCGAGCCCCACGUGGAUUUCUUCAAUAUGAUGACUUAUGAUAUCCAUGGCCUGUGGGACGCCACGAAUAAGGAGCUGGGACCGUACGCCUUCGCACACACCAAUCUCACUGAGAUCAACGCCGCUAUCGAGCUUCUCUGGCGCAACAACAUCAAUCCGGCUCGAGUCAACCUGGGUUUGGGCUUCUACGGUCGUAGUUUUACCAUGAAGAACCCCAGCUGCCUGAAGCCCGGUUGUCCCUUCUCGGCAGGAGCGCGAGCUGGUGAAUGCACCGGCACGCCAGGAGUGUUGGCGGCCUACGAGAUUGACCAGAUUAUCCGGAAGGGCAACGCCAACGUGACCCUCUACAAAGACGAAGCGGUCACGGUGGUCACCUGGGACAAUGACCAGUGGGUAAGCAUGGACAAUAAGGAGACCUUGAAGUUAAAGGUCGACUACGCAAACAAGCGGUGUCUCGGGGGAACGAUGGUCUGGGCGAUCGAUCUGGAUGAUGGGACAUUGAUUGGGGAUUUGGGGGAGGCCACGGGGAAGAAUCGAUCAAGAGUUUUCCCCCGUCGGAUGGCACUCACGCCCGACCUGGGGACGACGGAUGUCGAUGAUCUUUUGGGGUGGAAGAAGUGGAGAAAGGAGCAUGGACACACUCAUGGCCAUUGA